UUUUUCAAGUAUUUGAUGCAGAUCAUGAUGAACGGCGGCGUCGUGUCGGAGGCUGCGGCCAAGAAGCAGCAGGAGCGAGAGACGCUGCGCAGCGUGAUCCAGCAGUGGAACGCCAACAGGCUGGACCUUUUCGAGCUGUCGGAGCCCAACGAGGACCUGGAGUUCCACGGGGUGAUGCGGUUCUACUUCCAGGAUUCUGGGCAGAAGGUAGCCACAAAGUGCAUCCGUGUCGCAUCCGAUGCCACCACGCAGGCCGUCAUCGAGACCCUGGUCGAGAAGUUCCGGCCAGACAUGCGUAUGCUCUCUGUUCCUGAGUAUGCGCUUUAUGAGAUCCAUGAGAAUGGAGAAGAGAGGAGGUUGGGAAUGGACGAGAAACCUCUGUUGGUACAACUCAACUGGCACAUCGAUGACAGAGAAGGCCGAUUCCUCCUCAGAAGAAUUGAUGACAAAACAAAUGUACCUGCUGUGGGCUUCCAGGAGGGUGGUUCGAGCUUCAGGCGGAAGCUCUCAAAACGUGAGAAAAAGCAGCUCAAGAAACAAGAGAAACUCAACAAGCUUAAGGCUGCUGCUCCUGCUGCCACAAAGGAAGUAAAUGAUGGAGGAGUGGCUGAGAAAUUAUACACAGAACUCCCAGAAACGAGCUUCACUCGCUCAAUCUCGAACCCAGAGGCCGUCAUGAGAAGAAGACGGCAGCAGAAGCUAGAGCGUAAACUUCAGCAGUUUCGUAGUAAGGAUGGAGGGCCUGACACAGGUGGAACACUGAAGAUCUAUGGAGAGAGCCUGUGUCGUGACGUACCUUACAAGACCCUGUUGCUGUCUGUCCGUGACACUGCGCAGCAGGUUGUGCGAGAGAUGCUAGAGAAAUAUGGACUUGAGAAGGAAGCGGACCCUUCGAAUUAUUGUCUUGUUCAGGUGAACACAGCAACCCCAGCUGAUGCAGGCGAAAGCAAAGAAUAUCAUGGAGGAACCAACAACAGGGAAUACAUCUUGGAUGAUGAUGAAUGUCCACUUGCUAUAUUGAUGAACCAUCCAGCAUCAAGGGGCUCCAUCAUGUUCCACGUGCGCCGGCGGCCUGCGGACUACCACCCCCGCAAGCGCAAGAAGAAGCCGCUGCAGAAGUGGAACAAGGGCAGCGAGCUCAGCGACUACCGCUACGAGGAGGGCUACGACCGCCUGCCCUUCUUCCUCGAGCUGAACCCAGAUGGGUCUGAUGUGGUGAGUGGGGUCCCGAAGCGCCACCGCCUGCAACCCAAUGUGACGGAGGUAGGCAGCGAGCGGCCGGCAGGGCCUGCUGGGCAGCAGGCGCAGUCACUACAGCUGUUUGGACCCAACAUCAGGCCACGACACUGUGUUGUCGCCCAUACUGAGGGCAUCGUCACUGUCACCCCCUGUUCUCGGGAUGCCGAGACCUACGUUAACAACCAGCGCAUCUACGAGACAACUAUCCUGCAGCAUGGUUCAAUCGUGAAGUUUGGCCGUAUUCACAGCUUUAGGUUUAUCGAUCCUUCUCAUGAUGACAGGACGAGGCAGCGGCAUGACAGUGCUCGGCAGGCACUUGACUAUUCGUAUGAUCGUCAGUCUUCCCGAGGUGACGACGCUGUUAGCCACGGUGGUGCCUCCACACCAGCACAUAGUGGUGGAGGCCAGAACGGUUCCCCUCCACAGAACUAUGAGACGACAUUUGAUGUGGAUGGUAACGUUGAAACUGUGUCUACAUCUAGUCUGGGUAACAAAGAGGAAACACGUUCACAGAGGUCUGUUGGAAGCAGUAAUGGUAACAGGCUAUCAAACUACGAGCGGUAUCCAAGAGGAUCGGAUCCAAUUUUACCUGCAGUGCUGGAGUUCAGGGAGGAGACGGAGGACGACUUCUUACACGCAGUGAUAACAAGCCUUGACCCUUCUGGCCCACAUUUCAAACUGGCACCCACGUAUACCUUGUACUUAGUUGCAAGGUACCGUGCCUCUACCCACUACAGGCCUGAGCUGACACCCACAGAAAGGGCACACAGGCUCACAAUGCUUCUUGCCAGGGUUGCCGCCACGAUCCAUAAUGUCAUACAGGAGAGGUACAAUGAUGCCAAGUCGUUAGCAUUCUGGAUGGCAAACUCAUCAGAACUGUUGCAUUUCCUAAAGUCUGAUAGACAUAUCUCGGCAUUCUCACUAGAUGCUCAGGACAUACUGGCAGAGUGUGUUCAAAGUGCAUUCAGGAACCUUGUAACAUGUCUGCAGAAUGAUUUGGCUAGUGUUAUGCCAAGUUUUAUGUCAGAAAGUGAUGAAUCCGGUCUCGAGGAGGAUGGAGCUGCGUACCAAAAGGUUCUCCAAGUCUUGGCAUCCGCAAUGGAGUUGUUGAGGAGAUGCAGAGUGAAUGCAGCUCUGACCAUCCAGCUGUUCUCACAACUGUUCUACUACGUGAACACCUGGUCCUUCAAUGCUGUAGUGACGGGCUCCGGUUACUGCAGCCGCGAUUGGGGUCUGAGGUUGAAGUCGCGGCUGGCGCAGCUGGAAGUGUGGGCCGAGCGACAGGGGUUGGAACUUGCGGCGGACUGCCAUCUUGCUCGAAUAAUUCAAGCUGCUCAUUUGUUGCAGGCACCUAAGUACAAUGCCGAGGAUCUCAGUGCACUAGUCUCUACAUGUUUCAAACUGAACUCACUGCAGAUGAGAGCAUUACUCAGUAAAUAUCAGCCUGCUCCUGAUGAACCACGUUUGACGCCAGAACUAAUUGAAAACUGUGUCAGGAAAGCAGAAAGUAAUGCAGAUGAACUGGUGCGCCAGGACGGACGUGAAAUUCAGUUGGAAGAAGAACCUGAACUGAGAUUUGCUUUUUUACUACCAGAGGAUGGCUACAGCUGUGAUGUUGUUCGUGGGCUUCCACAAGGCCUGACGGACUUCUUGGCACCACUCCAGCAAGCUGGUCUUUGUAGGCUGACACCACAGCCAACUUCUGGUGGCCUGUGGACCAUAUAUAUGGGGUCCACACCACACCAUGACCAUGCUGGAGCAAGAAGCCCAAGUGCUCUCAGCAAUCGUUCUGGAGGUUACCCUGCUCAUGCACAGCCGCAACAUCCUCUGCCAGAACCUGAGAUAAAAGUCAUCAAACUGAAUAAGUCAAACAAUGGGAUGGGCCUCAGCAUUGUAGCUGCAAAGGGAGCUGGACAGGACCGUCUAGGCAUCUACAUCAAAUCUGUUGUGAAAGGAGGAGCAGCUGAUGCUGAUGGUCAGUUGCAGGCUGGAGACCAAUUGCUGAAAGUUGAUGGACAGAGCCUGGUUGGAAUCACACAAGAGAAGGCCGCUGAAUAUUUGGUACGUACUGGCCCCACCGUUACACUGGAGGUGGCAAAACAGGGAGCCAUUUACCAUGGCCUGGCUACAUUGCUCCAACAGCCAUCACCAGUCAUGGGCAGAGCGACAGCUGGGCCCUCUUCUGCCCCUCGGCCCCGACCAAAAUCUGAACUGGUGACGUCAGCCCAUCCCCUGCACAAGCCACCAGCAGAUCCCCCGUCAGCAUCGUCUGUGAUGCACUUGCCAUCAUCGGUGUCGUACCAGGAACGUCUCGUCGAAUGGAGCAACACAGGACCACGACGAAUGAGUGAACGUGAUCUGCCAUCGAGAAUCAUGAAUGACCAAAGUCACACGAUUGACCCCAGAAGAAAUGUAAUGCCUCAUGCUCCAAUUCAGAGUUCAAAAUCAGUACCUUCUCUUAACAGUGGUAACGGAGACAUAAGUGCAGGGAGAACGCAGGCAGUAGGGCAGCAUGAGGUAUUCAACCCUGGUUAUAGUCGCACCUCUUCAACCAACAGUAUACCACAAAAGUCGUAUGAUGGACCUCCGCACCAGCACAUACCACCACAGCACCAGCCAACUGUGAAUGGACCUACUGCCCUCAGGUCAAAAUCUAGUCAGAAUUUGAGUGACACUCGCACCCUGCCACCGUCUGUACCCGUUUCCCGGCAGGCAUCAAAUCCUGCACUUCAUGCGCAUCAGGUGGCACAACCACAGCAGCAGAAUGCUCCCCAGCAUGGUGUUGGUGGAGAAAGUGAACGAUUCUACCAAAACCUCAGCAUCUAUCGUAACCAAGAGGUGCACAAUGGAGGCUACCCUCCCUCGAGUCCCAUUCGUGGAAGUGGUCCUCCAGGACAAGGCGGGAAGAUGCCAAGUCCACAAGGUCACUACCAUGAUGCAUCACAUCCAGCUUAUACUGACAGGAGUCCACCACAUCCACAGAAGACUGGAUUACGUGGGUCACAGUCGUCCCUGCAUCGGACACCUGAAAUGCCAGUGAAUGCUAGGGAUCUCAGAGACCGGCCCACAUCUGCGUACAUUCCACAGAAAGACCCAUAUGGCAGCCCACAGCAUGCCCAGGGAAUGACAGCAAGAUCUCAAUCUACAAGAGACAUGUUGCGCCAGGAAGCAAAAUUGCAUGAGAUGCAGGAAGAAGUCAGAAGGCGUGAAAUGCGAGGCAUUACUUCUCCACAACUUCACCAUCCACCACAUCUGACUCGUCCACAAAUGCUGCCAAAUAUGCCUCGUGUACCAAACACAACCUACAAUUAUCCAUCAUCACCACAGCAGCAAGUACUGGAACAGGGUUACCACCACUCUCAUCACCCGAUGUCACCUACUUCUCCGACAUACAGGCCGGGUUAUGCACCCCCUCCAACAGCACCCAAACCUUCACGCCAACCAUCAGAACUACCUCAGAUGAUGCCAGCUCAGUAUCACCACCAUCACCAUCACCAACAGCAGGCACAACAAACUGAACACGGGUUGUACCGUGAAAGUCCACCACCUCCUCCACCACCUACCUCCACGCAUCCUCUUUAUCAGGGUCAGCAGCAACACCCGCCCUCUCUGCAGCAGCCGCAGCAACAGCAACAACAACAGGAUCACAGAUCUGUUAAUGAUAACAGAUAUGCUGCCAGCAUGGCUGAUCCUCCACGAGGCUCCUACUACCCCUCAUCAACUGGCAAUACUAACCAACCACCACGUCAGUAUCAGUUCAGUGCAACUAAUCCAUGGGAACGAGAAGAACGUGAAAAGGAGAUGCAACGGCGCCGUGAGGCUGCUCGCAUGUGGCGGGACCAGCAAAUAGCAGAACUUUCAGCUCUGCCGCAGCGUACAGCACAGCAGGAGGAACAGCUGCGCGCACUGAAGCUUGAGAGGGAGUUCCAGCGCCGAGCUGAGGAGGCUGCCAAGCAGGAUGAAGAUGAGGAGGGUGAUGAAGACCAGGAGAGCAUCGAACGUGUGCAAGGCCUUCUGCGCAUGGCGACACUGCAAUCUGAUGCGAGUCCUAAGCCACCACAGCCAACAACGCAACCUUCACAAAACUCAUUGCCACCACGUCCCCCUGUUCAGCACCAGCAGCAGCAGCAGCAACAACAACAACAGCAGCAGCUGCAGCAACAACAACAACAACAACAACAACAACAAGCUGCAGAUGAUAGUGUUGCAAGAGAACGAGCAAGACGUGAGCAAGAAGCAGCUGCUGCACGUCGCAGGCAGGCGGAACUUGAACAGGAGGAGCGUGUGAGGGAAGCAACACAUCGCAGGGAAGAAGAACUGCGACAGAAACACAUGCAGCAGCAGCACCAGAUACAGCAGCAGCAGCAACAGCUGCAGCAGCACCAGCAGGUGUCUCCACCUUUACGGCAGCCCACCAUGGCUCCCAAACCUGGCCCAUUGCGGCUAGAAAGCCUCACAAGCAAUGGUCCAGCUUCUCCACCAGGUGGUCGCUAUCGCCACUACAAUGGAUACCCGCCGCCACCACCAGCAAAUGCUGGGCCGGGGGCAUCAUCUCCUAUGGGUGCUGUCACGGAGAACAGCACAGGUAGCAGUGGUGGUGCAGCACAGCGCCUAGAUUCCCUGCUUGCCUCACCUCCUCCGCCACAGCCACCUGAGAGGGGCUCUUCCUUUGCUGUCAUGUCGCAGCAGCAGAGUGUGCUACGGGCCACAGCUGGAGGACAGGCACAUGGCCACGUUUCCACACCUGUUUCUUCUCCUGUAGCCACGACGACCACAACAACUGUCAAGAGAGUAUCAUUCCAUGAUCCGCCGCCCACUUCCUCUCCACCUGCCCCACCGAGCCAGCCACCGCCUCUUGACCAAAUUCGUGAAGAUCCCAAUCAUUUCAUAAAUGAAGCAGAAACAUUGUUGGCAUCACCAAAGAGUCCAGAAGGAGGCUCUUUCCCAAGCAACACGCCAGGUGUUAUAGGUGCUCAGGAAGUUUACAAGGAUCCUAGGGCACGAUUAUUGGCCGCUCAACAACAGCAAAAGAUGUCAACAAGGAUUGGCCAAGUACCAGAAAAGCUGAGCUUUAAGGAGAAGAUGAAGAUGUUUGCGAUGGAAACUGGUGAAGAUGGAACACCACGUGAUAAAGUAAAAAUAUCUAGAGCGCAAAGAGAAAUAGACAAUUUGGCAGCUGGCGCUAACACUCCUACAAGCAAUAACAAUGGCACGCCUAGUGCAUCUCAGUAAUGCUACGAAAGGUGGAAGAGUGCUAAACGAUAUUGGAGUGAACUGUGUUAAGUCGCAGAAAAGCCAGUCCUGUGUACAUUUUAAAAUUUUUCAAAGGCAUUUCUGUGUGUAAUGCGAAUAGCAUUUCUAGUGUUAAAACAAGUUCAAGCCCCCCAGUGGUAACAUUUCUAAGACUGAAAUGUGUGACAUAGUUGAAAAUAAUGAGGCCUUAAAGCAUUUUAUUUCAGUGUUACAGUUUUAUUCAAAUGUACUCUUUAUGUAAUAAAUAUGCUUCAUUAUUUUCCUGCCAUAAAAUUUGAAGUAUUUUUACAGAAGACCUAAAAGGUUAAAUGAUAUAGACGGAUCUUUGUUUCUCUGUUAUUUUUUUCUAUAGUACAACUUCUUGAAAAUGUUUUAUCUAUAAGAUUUUGCACUCUUAUGUUUUAUGGUUAAGAAGGCUGCUGCUGCUUCUUCUUCCCCACAUCCCAGAAGCAAAGCAGAUGUGUAUGCUUUGUUAACAGUGCAUUCUUUCAAAUCAUUCUUUAUUGUUUGUAAAGAUAAUAAUUGUUAUCUAGCAUGUUGUUACAGAGACAGUUAUAUGUAAAACAAGAGCUGGAGGCAUUUGUAGGGACCAUAUUGUUGAUAUAUAACAAAGAAUUUUAAUUAAUUUUAUUCUGUUAUUCAUGUCUAUUAUCUGUUUGAAACCAUUAUUGCUAUAUGUGAAAUGAGUGAUGUACUCCUGCAUUAACAUGAGUUCGUGACUCAGAUAUCACCUUAGAAUGUUGCCCAAUGCUCUACUCAGUGAUAUAUUAUUGUUUUUAUCAUAUGAUUUGUCCCUUCCCUACUAUUCCCAUGGCAAUACUUUGAUAUGCCAGUACAACUCCAUAAUUUUCCUAAAAGAGUAAAGAAUAUAUUGCACAUAUGUGAUUAAAGAGAACUGUUAUAUAAAAUGCUUCUAAGAAAAUAGUUUUUUUCGACAAGAUGUGAUGCUUUGUUUGAGGUCAGUGAAAGCUAGAGAACUUUUAUUUUGUGGUCAGCCCAAAGCUGCAAAUCAUAUCACAUGUACAAUGCUAAUGUAAUCCCUCCACUGUGUACAUAAAAUCCUUGUAUCUAUGUAAAGACAACAUACAGAUAUUUGUGUAUAGAAAUUUAAUUUUUAUUAUUUGAAAUAAAGUUACUCUCAGUUACAU